CUCACCAAGGCUCCGGGCUGAGACGCAGUUCCCAGCUCAUGUUGUACUUUUAAAGCUGGUUUUGAGCAGUACAGUGCUGGCUUAAGCCCCAGUGUUUCUUCAUUAGUUGCACCAAGUUUCCUUGGCGCUGAGACCAGGGACCGGUUUGGGCAUAUAUUGUCUGUGGGGCUGCAUCCAUCGCAUCAGUCAACAGUCAGAUGAAAUCUGGAUUCUAUUUGCUGAAAAUCAAGAGGAGCGACUUGGACACAAUCAAAGAAAACUCCAACAGAAAGCAGAGGACCAGUUGUCCACCGCAAAUCGGAUGUUAAAUUUAUGCUUGUAUUUUUUUUUAAAAACCAAGUCAAAAGUGUUAAGACUCCCCUGGGCCUGAAAAGUGUAACUUUUCAACGCAGUUUUCUUGGAGCUGAGGUCUUCAACAUGAGCAAGCCUGCUGGUUCAACAAGUGGUUGUCUGGAUAUUUUAAAUGUCAAAUCCAGUCGGAUUCUGGACAUUCCAUGUAAAGUGUGUGGAGACAGAAGUUCUGGAAAGCACUACGGUGUUUAUGCGUGUGAUGGCUGCUCGGGAUUUUUCAAGAGGAGCAUAAGGAGAAACAGAACGUAUGUCUGCAAAUCUGGCACACAGGGCGGCUGUCCAGUAGACAAGACACACAGAAAUCAGUGUCGCGCCUGUCGCUUGAAAAAGUGUCUAGACGUGAAUAUGAAUAAAGAUGCCGUGCAGCACGAGAGAGGACCGAGGACUUCAACCAUUCGAAAGCAGGUGGCACUGUAUUUCCGAGGGCAUAAAGAGGUGAACGGUUCGUCGACCCAUUUCCCAUCCACGUCUAUCCCGGGGCCGCCGUUUUUCACUACAGUCACGCAGCUGGAGCCUCACAAUCUGGAGUUAAACACGGUCACAAGCACACCGGAACGGCAGGCAACUGUGGGACUCGCCCAACCCACACCGAAGUAUCCUCAUGAAGUUAGCGGCACUCCCAUGUACCUGUAUGAAGUGGCGACCGAGUCUGUGUGCGAAUCAGCCGCGCGCCUGCUCUUCAUGAGCAUUAAAUGGGCCAAGAGCGUUCCGGCCUUCUCCACACUGCCUCUACCGGACCAGUUGAUCCUUUUAGAAGAUGCCUGGAGGGAACUGUUCGUGCUGGGCAUAGCGCAAUGGGCCAUUCCAGUGGACUCCAGCACUCUCCUAGCCGUUUCAGGAAUGAACACCGAGAACACAGAUUCCCAGAGGCUAAACAAAAUCAUCGCAGAGAUCCAGGCGCUGCAGGAGGUCGUGACGCGCUUCAGACAGUUAAGACUGGACGCUACGGAGUUCGCUUGCCUUAAGUGCAUCGUCACCUUUAAAGCGGUUCCAACACACAGUGGUUCUGAAUUGAGGAGCUUUCGCAACGCCAGUGCCAUUGCCGCCCUUCAGGACGAAGCCCAGCUGACUCUAAACAGCUACAUCCACACCAGGUACCCCACUCAGCCGUGUCGCUUUGGCAAACUGCUGUUGCUCUUGCCUGCUCUACGUUCAGUUGGUCAAUCCACCAUUGAAGAGGUGUUCUUCAAAAAGACCAUCGGAAACGUGCCCAUCACACGACUGCUCUCCGACAUGUACAAAUCCAGUGAUAUAUGAGCUACCGAGAGAGGGAAAAGAAACAACAAAAUGUAUCUUUGACCUUGGCAUUCGCAUGGACGCUGGGACGCUGUGGAUGAUACCAGAUACCCUAAUGUGAUACUUCACGCACUUGUUUGGAGAAUAAAGCUCUACCAAUGUCAAGAUGUUACUAUGCAGGGAAACUAUAAAACAAACAAGACUGAAUCUCUACAAGUUGAGCUUACUGCUUAGAAAGAAAAAUGAACGUUUAACCAGUACUUUUCUAAUUGAUUUACUUUUAAUCUAUUUAAGUUCGUUUAUGGAAGUAACUUAAUAAGCUUAAUAUGUUCUUGUUCUAUCAUGAUUUAAAUACAAUAUUAUUAGUUGGUAGUCAUAUAUUUGAAUGGCGUGUCCGUGAGUUUGUACAAUCAUUCAUUUCAAAACGGGACGUUUUGUGUCCAUUUGACCAAUACCUUUAUGACCAAUGCUGUUUUGAUUUCAGCAUCACUAUCAUUCGUUUGUCCACAAGAACUUUGAAGGAAACCAAAAAAUAAUUUAAAAAAAAGAAACCAUGAGGUAUGUUGCAGGGAAGUAGGUCGCUGUCCCUUUGACAGUGCUGAAAAC